UGCGGAAACACUCAACUCUCUCGGGGAGAGACCGGCGAGAGGUCCAAGGGUGGUCUGGCCUCAGAUCCGGCCGAGAGGUGCCUCCGCGGCUGGGACGCGCGCAGGGAUCCCAGCAUGUGAAUUGGACAUGAUCACCCAGUUGGAGAAAGAACAACUGUAGACACUGGAUCUUCAGGGAGCUGAAGAGGGGAGUGACCAAAAAUAUCUGUCUAGAUAGGGAUAUUUGAACUGAACCAAAGCAUCAACACCAAUCAGGCUAUUUCUGAAGAACUAGAGUUUCCAGGGUCAGCAAUGGAAAGUCUCCGAAGGAAUACUGCCCAACGUCCUAUGAAUGAGGAAGCCUGUAAAAAUGAGGGCCAGUUAUCAAGGCAGACAAAAUGUCCUCCACAGAAGAAAUCUUCUUUUGAGAAAACAGCAAUCAGAAAAGUGUCAAUGACCCUCAAGGAAAUUUUCACUAGGGAGAGAGGCCCUGAAUCCAGUGAAUUUAGUCUAAGCUCAAAGCUUAAUACACGGCAGAAAAUUCCAAAGGGAGCUAUGUCCCCCAUAUCUAGGAAAAACUCCAAAGAUAAUUCAGGCUUAAUUAAACACCAAAAACUCUUUCUGCAAAGGAAACCUUGUAAAUGCAAUGAAUGUGGUAAAGCCUUUAAUUACCAAUCAGACCUUAUUGUCCACAGUAGAAUUCAUGGUGGAGAAAAGCCUUUUGUAUGCAAUGAAUGUGGUAAAACUUUUAGCCGAAGUACACACCUUAUUGAACAUCAAAGAACUCACACCGGAGAGAAACCUUAUGAAUGCAGUGAAUGUGGAAAAGCUUUUAGCCGGAGUACACACCUUAGUCUACAUCAGAGGAUCCAUACUGGAGAAAAACCAUAUGAAUGUAAUGAAUGUGGAAAAGCCUUUAGCCGAAGCACUAACCUUAGUCAGCAUCAGCGAACUCAUACUCAAGAAAAACCUUACAAAUGUAAUGAAUGUGGGAAAGCCUUCAGCGACCAUUCAACCAUAAUUCAGCAUCAACGAAUACACACUGGAGAGAAUCCCUAUGAAUGCAGUGAAUGUGGAAAAGCUUUCAGUUGGAUCUCAUCUCUUAUUGAACAUCAGAGAACACACACUGGGGAGAACCCCUAUGAGUGCAGUGAUUGUGGGAAGGUAUUCAGUCGGAGCUCAUCCCUUGUUGAACAUCAGAGAAUACACACUGGAGAAAAGCCCCACGAGUGUAGAGAGUGUGGAAAGGGUUUCAGUCGGAGCUCCUCCCUUAUUAUUCACCAGAGAACUCAUACCGGAGAGAAGCCUUACAAGUGUAAUAACUGUGGAAAAGCCUUCAGUCAGAGUUCAUCUCUCAUCAGACAUCAGCAACUUCACACUAAAGAGUAAUAUCUGUGCUUUCCUUAAUGUUAGCACAAGAGCACACAGCAUAACCUCCCACAGCUGAAAAGAAACAUAUAUACUUGUUUGAAUUUUCCUUCCUACUAGCUAGGGCUAAGCCAGUUUCAAGCUAGCCUUCCUUCCUUUUUGUAAACUAAAUGCUCAAAUGAGUGAUCAAUCCAACAAGGGGAUGAAUUUUAAAACCUAACAUAUUCACUCUAAUAUUCUGGAGGGCUCCAAUCUUAGAAUAUACAGCUACCUAACACCUUGAAGUUCCUCACCUUAUCUAUUCCAUGGAGCUUGGAUCCCUGAACAACCAGUGAACCCUCUCUUUCCCAACCACAUCAGCUCCUUCACUUAAAAGAGGAAAUCCCAUGUGUGUGUAUUUUCAUGCUUGCUGGCUCCAGUGGCAGAAGAGAAGGAGCUGGCUUCAGAUUAGGAUAAAAAAUUCCCACCAGUUUGGGGAUAAAAAAUUCAGUCUCGAAUUAUAUGGACAAAUUUUUCUCUUCCUUCCUCCCUUACCUUUUUUGCUAUAGCAUAGUUUCCUCAAAGUAUAGCCCGUAGUUCUAAUGUGCCUAACUAAUCCCAGUGUUAUUUUAUCUUAUCCUUACCAAGAAGGUCCUAAAAAUCUUAGUUCCUCCAUUAUCUUUUAAAAAAUUGCUGUCCUAUUUUAAAAACUUUUCUUUUGUUUACAGACUUCAUGAAACAUAUACCAUCUGGUUCUGACUCUCACCACCCUUGUUAAGUUGAUCUGUCAAAGACAAACUUAGUGCCUUUUUCUCAGUCCUCUUCCUACUUGACAUUUGCAGAAUUGGUACUUUUGGCCACUCCUAUGCCUUAAAACGUGAGCUUCUGGGAUCCAUUAUUCUGUGCUGAUCCACACUUUUCCUACCUCCCAGCACUUCUCUGAUUAACAAUGAUCAGCUCUGUGACUUGGGCAAGAGUUGGACCAGAAUAAUUUCAUUUUAUUGGCUUACAGUACUUCAUGUUAUUCAAUUAGAUUGUAAGCUUCUUGAAAACAGAAAUCUUGUUUUAGAUCCCUAUAAAACAUCACACAGUGCUGAGCAGUCACUAAAUGCCCCAAAAUUAUUGCUUGCUGAUUCCUCUUUAUCUAUCCUGGGUAAUCAGUCUGCUAGGAUUUAUUUGAAAUGUCUUGAUAGUUGAUUUCUUUCUCUCUACUCCUACUGCUGCUGCCAAGUCCUCAGUAGUUUGGGCCUAGAUUACCAGAGUAAACACAUUGUUGCUGCUCUUGUCUCCCUGUCUUUAUAUAGCUGCCUGACUAAACUACCACUUGGUUCAGAAAGAAUCCACAGUUUCCCAUUGUCCCAAGGAAAAAGUUCAAAGUACUUUAACUUGAAGACCUUGCACAGUUGGAUCUAUUUACUUAUUUUCCUUUACUCCCCAGUACAACUGGGCAGCCCUGUCCUUUGUCUCUACGACACCCUUUCUCUUCACACUUGGCUCCGCUUCACACUAUUCCGUGGCACCCUUUUACAUACCCUGCUUUCCUCCCUGUAUCUCCAGAAAUCUAUCCAUACUUUAUAAAAGGCCCUGGUCAGGUCCUGCCUCCUCUGUGAUAAUUUCAGCACCCCCCCCCCUUAGAAGUCCUUUACAGUGAUGGUUUACCUUAUUCUCCCGUAUUACAUACUUUCUUAUUCUGUUUUCUGGUUCUGUCAGGUGCUUUUUUCCAUGAACAUUUUCGAAGUUAGAAAUUGUCUUAAAUCUCUUAGUAGCCCCAUCUAAUACAUAGUACAAUGCAGGCCUGGAUUGUAGUUUUAAUCUAAAUCAGGAGGGUUUAAUUUAAUAAUGCAGUCACUUUACUCUUUUGAAUGGUGAGAUUACCUCAUAAAUAUUUUUGUCCUUUUUGUCCUACCUUGAAUUAUAUACAUUAAGCCUUGGGACUGACUCCUUCAGAGCUCCUGGGAUGCUGGCCUCUUGGCUUUCCACUUCAUGAGACUGUUUUAAGGAGUAUGUGGGUUUAUUCAUAUAAAGUGAUGAAAACAGUGCCUGACAUAUAGUAAGUGUUCAAUAAAUGCUAAUUGUUAUGAUUCUAUUCCUUCAUAUCUGCCUGUAGUCUUUCAUUUCAUCCCUAAAGUGUCUGUAACUCCACAGAAUGGAAAACUAGGAUCACAGUCAAAUAAGUAAGAAGAUAUUUCUUCUGCCAUCACAGACAAUUGUCAUCUAUUUAUUAUAACUCUAUUGUGUGUCAAAAAUGACUCAAGGCGGCUUACAAGAUAUGAUAAAAUACAAAACUGAAAAAAUACAAAUCGGUAUUAAAGAAGAAAAUGCCUAGAAGAUCAAGAUCAUGACAAAUUAUGGUAUGCCAGAUAGUUAUUCAGGUAUGAAAGUGAGAUGGUCAUUUGCUUACAUUGUAUUUGGAAGGGGAGAAAAUGUCCAUUCUUCAAGGAAAGCCUAAUAGAGUUAAGAUGAAUUUCUCCACUGGCCUUCAUGUAAUUAUACAAUGUGCUUGAUAACAAAAAAUUAAAAUUAAAUUAUGUGUUCUCUACCACACCUAGCAUAUAGUAUGUUUUCCAGUGAAUAAAUAUUUAGUUCAUAGUAGAAGUCUCAGAAAGGCAAAUAUAGAGAUUCUUCUUGGGGUGGAGUGGGGUUAGAAGGAGCAGAGGGUAGAGAUAAUCAAGUAAUUACUGGGUGCCAGAAGAAAAGCUCUUUUUGAGUCUCUUAACUUACCACAUUAUGGGAUGAAGAAACUGAAAUUUACACAUGUUAAAUAGCUUACCCAAGGAUCAGGAUUUGACCCCACUACUGGAUCUCUUAAGCUGGGCCCUGGCAAGAUCUGGGAAAGAAAGAACUGUGUAAGUAAAGGUAUAGAGGUAGGAAAAUGCUCUGUUUGUUCCAAUAGAUGAACUGGACUGUCUGUGGCAGGGAGUUCAGUGAAAUAAAAAUAAGAAAGUUUAUUUGGAAUUGGAUAACUAGACAGUGGCUGCCCUGAGUACUAGCUUGUGUGUGGAUUUAAUCAUGUAGGCAAUGAGGGAAUUACAGGAGGUUUUUCAUCAUGGUAAUACAAAUUUCGUUUCGGGGAGAAGAUUAAUUUGGUAGAGGAGACAAGGUGGUUUGGAAAUGAGAGAGACAGCAUGCAGAAACUAGGUGAGAAGCUGAAGUAUUAGAAUAGUGGUAUUAUGGAACAGAGCAGUGGUCAGAUGAGGAGACAGUAUAAAGUAAGGAUCCUAUGAAACUGGUGACUAGAUACGGGCAAGGAAGAAGAGAGACCAGCACUUCCUUAAUUGCUGUUGUUAACUUUCCUGUAAGCUACCUAGGGUAUGGAGGGAGGAAUUUCUGAUACACACUCAGCAGUUAGCCAUGAAUACAAAACAUUAAAAAGCUGAACGCCUGAUAUGAUUAACUUGCAUCUUUAAAGUCGAUUUGGAACCAAACACUUUUGGGAUUUCU